AUGACGAGAUUUAAAAACAAGGUUGUCAUCGUAACAGGAUCCACAUCGGGUAUCGGUGCCGCCACCGCUUUAUUGUUCGCAAAGGAAGGAGCGAGAGUGACGGUUACAGGACGAAAUGAGAAAGGUGCCAAGGAAACAAUUGAUGCAAUUGCUGAUAUCGGCGUACCAGAGGAUCGCGUUCUUUGUGUAAUUGCGGACGUAACGAAAGCAGGUGAUCGUGAGAAGAUUGUGCAAAGUACUGUUACGAAAUGGGGUCGUCUAGAUGUCCUGGUAAAUAACGCCGGUGCAUCAAUCACGCAUGGAAAAACAGGUUUUGAAAAUAAUGAGGAUGCCUAUAGGGAUACAAUGGAUCUAAAUCUAACCAGUGUUCUGCAGCUCACAAACGUGGCUCGACCUCAUCUGAUUAAGAGUAAAGGAGAAGUUGUGAAUGUUAGCAGCAUCAUGGGGCUGAACUUUGGAUACCCAGAAACACCGUAUUAUCCAAUAGCGAAGGCGAGCCUGGAUCAGUUAACCAGAUGUUUAUCGCUGGACCUAAUUCGACAUGGUGUACGUGUGAAUGGAGUGAGUCCUGGCCUAGUAAAGACACAUUUCCUAAAUCGUAUGGGUUUAACGAAAGAACAAUCGGAAAAGGCGUAUAAUUUCUACGGUACACAAAGAAAUUGCAUUCCACGUGGGAAAUUCGGCGAACCAUCAGAAAUCGCCAGCGUGAUCGCAUUUCUGGCUGAUCGUCGUUCAUCAUCGUUUAUCGUUGGACAAACGAUUGUCGUUGACGGUGGUUCUUCGUUGAUUAUGGGAAUGUACACCUAUGAUUUAGGAAGAGCCCUGAUUUCUUAA